UCCGAAGUGAAGAAUAAGACAGGACUCUAUUUUCAACACUCUUUUUGUUGGCUAACUUUUCUCCCUUCAUACCUACUGGACUUUAUAUGCACAUCGCAUAACCCAACAGCUCAACAUGUCCACUGAAGAAGGCUGGCACACCGUCGAAGACGGCCAGAAGCUGUACACAAAGACGUGGAAGGCCAACGGCCCCGCUAAAGCCCGAGUCGUCUUCAUCCAUGGAUUCAGCGACCACUGCAACACUUACAUCAAGUUCUUCGACGCCCUCGCUUCGCAUGGCAUUGAGAUCUACACGUUUGAUCAAAGAGGAUGGGGUCGCUCCGUCACAAAGCCCUCAGAACGCGGACUAACAGGCCCCACAACCCGGGUCCUGGACGACAUAACCUCCUUCAUGAAGACUGUCAUUCCCUCACCCAUCCCUCUCUUCCUAGUGGGCCACUCCAUGGGCGGCGGCGAAGUCCUAUACUACGCCGCCCGCGGCCCUUCGGAAAUCCGUAAACACAUUCGAGGAUACAUGUUAAUCUCCCCCUUUGUCGAUUUCAGCCCUGCGUCAAAACCUUCGAUCAUCACCGUCGUGCUGGGACGAAUGGUGGGCAAGUUGUUCCCAAAGAGACAGAUGAAGAGUCAUUUGGAUGUGAAGCUCGUAUCGAGAGAUCCAGAGGUGUGCAAGGCGUUUGAGACGGACGAGCUGUGUCACAACAUGGGCACCCUUGAGGGGCUUGCUGGGAUGCUGGACCGAACUAUGGAACUCGCAAGCGGGAAGAUUAAGAUUCCAGAUGAUGCGGGCGAGGGAGGCGUGACGAGGAUAUGGAUUGCGCAUGGAGAUGAGGACGGCAUCACAGAUUACUAUGCUUCCAAGAGGUUUGCGGAAACAUGUGUUACGGCCAAGGAUAAGGACUUCAAGUCGUAUGAGGGGCAUUUCCAUCGUUUGCAUGAUGAACCGGAGCCAUAUGGACCGGCGUUUCUGAAGGAUAUGGUGGACUGGAUUCUUGCUCGCUCCGUGGAUCCGGUACAAUCAGAUGUCCAGCGACCGAGGUUGUAGGUGGGGAGCUGAAGGGCAGUGUAGGAGUGUCAUGUGUGAAUGUCUAAUGAUUUGGAAUCCCCAUAGCGACUGUCCUUCUCCGCGCAUCUUGGGAAGCUAGUAGACGUACCUUCAUAUUACGUACAUUUGUUUGUUACCAAAAUAGCGUAGAUGGUAAUGAGUUAUAAAUGUACGGGUAUUGUAGAAAUGUACUUCCUAAUGUCAACCAUGAAC